AGUUAUGGUUCGUGACAUAAGAAAAGUGGAAAUUUAUGUUUUUAUUGCGUUAAGUAUUUGCUGAGUUAAGACUGUUUAGUCAGAUCCAAAGAAGCACACAGGUACUGUCACGUAAUUGUUAAAUACACUUUAUUAAUUUACACAUCCAGUGAAGUUCAAAUUAUAAAUUUUCAGUGUCUGAAUAUCUGAUUUUUAUUUAUUAAUGUUCCUAAAUGGAAUAAAACCUACAUUUAUUUCUUUAUUGCCCAUAGGGGGCUAAACAUAGAGGGGACAAACAAAGUUAAGUCGAUUACAUCGACCUCAGUGCGUAACUGGCACUUAUUUAAUCGACCCCGAAAGGAUGAAAGGUAAAGUCGACCUCGGCGGAGUUUGAACUCAGAACGUAACGGCACACGGAAUACCGCUAAGCAUUUCGCAAUGGCAUAAAACCUACAUUAUCGCCCAUUAUAUGUCAACGUUACUUAUAUGAAAAUUAUUUUACACGUGCAAGAGUUACACGUUCAAAUUUUCAGGGUGUAAGCGUUACCCAUGGAUAAAUUUUUGAAACGGAAAGCUCAUGAUGAAAUCAACUCAGAAUCUGAUACAGAGACAGAAGAGAUUGUUCAGAAAAAUAAAUUAAGAAAAUACGACGUGGAGUAUAUUCGAUUUGGAGUCAUUGAAAGUGUGUCUAAUGCUAACAGACCACAGUGUUUAACUUUGUCAUAAGCCGUUGUCGAAUGAAGCCUUGAAACCAGCUAAAUUGCUGCGACAUUUAACAACACUACAUCCUCAAUUUGCCACAAAACCAAAAGAGUUUUUGAAAGAAAAAAGGAUGCAUAUUUAAUUGAGACAACAACUUUUAAAAUGUCAAUAACAUCAAAUUAUAAACUACUACGGGCAUCUAAUUUAGUGGCACUGAGAGUGACUCGUGCUAAGAAGGCCCAUAAUAUUGCUGCAGAACUUGUAUUGCCCUGUGCAAUAGACAUGUGUAAAGCAGUUUUGAAUGGAAAAUGUGCUGCGAAAUUGAAAGCUGUGCCACUGUCAGACAACACAAAGCAAUCAACUGAGAUUUUUAGUUCAAUGAAAAAUACGAUACGUAUUUGUGAUAAACUAGUCUGAACGAGCUGCAGGACUUGCUGGGACAUGUCCAGUUCUGUUUGUCUGACCAACUUCUCUUUCGGAAGUCAGUCAGCUUUUCUCAUUUACUGUUUGUCAAUGUUAAUUGUUUGUUGUUUAGAUGGAGAAAAAGAGAUAGCAGCACACUGGAUGUUGUGACUGACUUCCAUCGACUUUUAAACAAACAGGAGAAGCACAACUGGAGGAUAGAGCAGCUGUGCUAAUUAAGUUUUAAGAAUUCAAUAAUGAUGAAGAUAUUAUGAAACAGAAGUGAAAGAGUUGAUCUGACCAAGCAUGGCUACCGAAUUAAAUAGUAGAUUUCUCUCUUCAAGUGAGAGCGAUGAUUUCUAUGAACCAAGAACAUAUGGACAUGGUGUCUCCGGCAAUAAUGGAGAAUUUAAUGGUAGACUCUCUGAACUUGCUGACAAUUUAAAGGACACAACACGAAAUCUAAAAUCCCUUGACCAUAUGUUAGAUACUUAUAAGGAUAUUGGUCAUGAACAACGCUCUUCCAUUGAUAAAUUACGAAAGGAUUUUGAUACGACUUGUGAUGACAUCCAAGAGGAAAGAUAUAGACAAUCAAGUUUAAGUAGAAUAGACCAAGACUACCCAAACCAACAUGGCUAUGUAUACCCACAGAGGAAGAAGAAAUCUGCUGUCCAUUUUGCUGAUGAUUUAAAGAAAGAAGUGCAUUCUUUGCAUGAGUCAGUGAGAGAUCUGUCUUAUAAUCAGAGAAAAUUUGAAGAUUCUUUGACUGAAGAUCGUGAUCACAGAGAUCGUUUUGCCUCGGAGACAAAACGUGCUAUGAAUGCACUUGCAAGUUCCAUAAACCACCAAACUAACUCAGAAAACAAAGAUUCUACUUCGGCAAGAGUUGAGAAGCGUUUGAGUGCCAUUCAAGAUGAACUUCAAGUUGAACGUCAAAUGUUAAUGGAGAAACAGAAUAAAGAAAAUUUGGGUAGUCUGUCUUCAGAGUUGAAGCAGGCUUUGCAACAGCAUCAGAAUUUCCUCUCUACAGUCCAGACCAAUGCUACUGCAUCAGUUGCACCAGUUGCACCUGUAGCAUCACAUCUUGUUCCUAUAACACAUCCAAGUAACAAUAUACAAGAGACAAGCACAUAUAAAACACAAUAUCUGGAAUCUGAAGCACAAAGACAUAAAAUAGAAACAGAAUUGGUCAAUCUCAGGCACCGACUUGACCACAGUGAGGGCAGUCGGAACACUCUGCAACAAGUGGUUGAAGAGCUUCAAAAUCACAUGAAAAGAAGUGAACAAGAAAAAGUGCAACUUCAAGGUCAACUUCAUGACCAAAGAUUAGAAGAGGACACAAAAGAGAGAGAAAGACUGAAGCUUUUGGAAAGUGAACGAGAGAAAGAGAAGCAGAGAUUGGACAAAGAACUACAAGAACUGAGACAACAUCUAACAAACACUGUAUCAGUUGUUGCUGAGAUGGAUAAUGUGCGACAAAAUAUACAUAAGAGCGAACAACAACGAAGCCAGCUCUCUGACCAUAUUGAGGUACUAACAAAAGACAUUGAGAACCGAGAUCGACAAAAUGCCAAAAUCUUGAACCAACUCCGUGAAACGGUUGACAAAUAUGAAGUGGCUGAACAUGGUCGCAGACAACUGGAAAGUCGAGUGGAUGACUUGAGUUCUCGACUGACUGAAACUACCAGACAUUUAGACAUAACAAAGAAAGAAUUGAGUGAAACCAAGAGAGCACUCGAAGAAAGUCUGAGAAAGCAGGAUGUUCUGAGAGGCAAAACACAAGAAGCAAUUAAACAAUGGAAACAGAAAGUUCUAGAACUUGAGAAAGAACUUGACUGCAACAAACACACAAGUCAACAAAUGAUGCAGAGAAAUGAAGAACUAAUCAAAGAUUUGGAGUCUUCAAGAGUUCAGCACAAUGAAAUGGUCUCACAAUGGGACAGAGCGAAACGAGAACUGACAGAUGCUUUAGCUGUAAAAGCAAAUCAAGAAGAACAGUUACGACUGAAGAAUAUUGAAAAUAAUGAACUAAAGUCGCUACAGAUGGAUUUGGAAAAAGAACUGAAAGACAGAAAUUCUCAGAUUGAGAAGAUUGAACAAGAGCUGCACCAAUACCAGCUGAAUGCUUCUGCACUGCAGUCUGAAAAAGCUGACAUGGUUGAAAAACUAACAACAGUUGAAAGUGCACAUCGACUGUCACAGGACCAUGCACAGCAACUAAAGUAUCAACUGCAAGAAUUGAGUCAAGCUAAAGCUGAUUUAUCUAGUCAGGUAAAUGAAAUUAUGGACCAAAGACAGGAUCUCCGACAAGAAAAUGUGAACUUGGAACAAAGAGAGUUACAUCUGAAACAACAAACAGAAGAUCUAAAGAUUCAAAUGAAAGAGAACCGGGAGAAUUACUUUUCCACAAUUGAAAGCCUGAAAACCGAACUCAAAGAAACUAGAGCUCGUGAAGUACGUAAUAAUCAGUUGUUUACAAAACACCUAAAUGAAGUUAAAGCUGAACAUAAUGCCUCUUUACACUCAUUGAAAUUUGAAUUAGCUGAAGAACGGUCAGUCCAUAAGAGAACUCAACAGCAAUAUGAUCAACAAAGAGCUGAAAAUGACCAACUUCACCAGAACGUUAGCAGAUUAGAAGAAGAAAAUAACAAAUUAUUAACAAAACUGGAAAAAUCCUUUGAAGAUCUCAAGUCCAAGGAACUGUUGGCAGCCGAUGUCAAGAGGAUUAGAGAUUUAGAGGAGCAAUUAUAUGAAGCUUUUAGCAAGAUGAAGAAAAUGGAGAAAAAUGAAAUGGAUUACUUGGGAAGUAUAUCAUCCAAUGUUGAUUCUGUUCUACACGCUCUGAAACUACAGAACGCUUCCUAUCCAGACAAUUUCAAGGCUGAACCAUCAGUGUCAUUAGCACAACAGUUUGAUGAUCCAAAUUUGUGGGUGGCUGAAAUAAAAAACAAGCUAUGCUGGCUUCAGUGUGAAAUACAACUUCACAAUAGUCAACAGAAGAGAGAACCAUUAAAACCAACUGCCCAAAACAUGACAGAUAAAUCCGUUAAGGAGCCAGGCACCAACAAAUCUUCAGAAACAUCAACAACUGGGGCAGGAAUGAAUUUUGAAGGGAAGAAAUCUGGAACACCUUUGAAGGAAAAUAUGACCCAAAUAUCUGACUGUGUAGUGAAAAGCCAGCAAACAAGCCCAGCAGCUGUUACAUUUUCAGAAAAACCACUUUUAGAACAAAGACAACACGUCAUUGAUGAAAUGGAAGACUUCAGGGAAAUUGAGAGAGGUAAAAUAGAAAAACGAUAUCUGAAGUUACAAGAAACCAUGAGAUCCCUGCAACAGGAAUUAGAUUUACCAGUCGCCACAGAAAAGCGUCAAGAAAACGACCUGGCAACUCUUGAGAAAGCUUCUAUAAAUACGAAUCACAGCAACAAAAAACUCACAGAGUCUCAGACAGAUUUAACUCCGUCAAAACAACAUUCUGUAAAUCACUUGGACUUUUUACUUCAAGCUCACAGUUUAUCCAAUGAAGAUUUUCUCAACUCUUUACCCGAACAGUCAACUCGUUAACCCUUUGAAUGACAACAACCUACCCAAGGCCACAUCUGGUUUUAUAAAACAAGCUUUCUGCUUUAAAAGUAUCUAUAUUAAAAGCCAUCAUUAAA